AGAUAGACUGGAAUAUUUUCAAGCAGCUGAAGGAGACGGACGCAGAAUGUCUUUUUUUAGAUAUGGACUUAUUUGGGCGGCAUGCCUGCAGAUGCUGGACCCUGUGUAUUCUCCGAAAGUACAUGUGAAACCAGGAAAGGAUGUUACUCUUCCUUGUCAGGGUCACAAUCCCAUCGAGCUCUUAAAGUGGACCAAACAAGAUCUGUAUAUGUAUGUCUUCUUCCACCGAGACAACCGCUCAUAUGAAAUCUACCAGAAUCUAUCUUUUCGUGGUCGAGUGCAGCUGAGAGAUCCAGAGAUGAAGGACGGAGACGUGUCAAUAAUUAUAAGAAACGUGACCAUCAACGACACUGGAAGAUAUGAAUGUUCUACUGCAGAGAAAAAUAUUGGAACCACACCUAAGCUCAAUCACAUCGUUGACCUGAAAGUUGACUCAGCAGCUGAUCCUCAGCAGUGUUGCGGAGGAAACAGCCGAGUCGACUCAAUUAAAGAUGAGCGGGGAUCAGAGAUGGAAACCCCCGGACUGAAGGAGACAAGAAUGAAAACUUGACUGUUGGACUGGCUGUGGUUGCAGGUUUGAUUGUUGUUGCUCUUGGUUCUCUUUUGAUCUUCAAAACAUGGCCAAGGAAAUAUUUUCACCUCUCUUCAGCUAAGAAAUCAGGUGACCAACAGGAUGUCUGAAAUAUGAAUAGCAAAUGUAAAAUAGAUGAUGUGUACACUUUUAUCUAAAGUUCUUCCUGUAACAGCAGUAGACAAAUCAGUGAACCUUGAUUCACUAUCCAGCACUGAAAAUACUUAUAGAAAUACCAGUGAAAAUAAAACAUUACUUAUUAAAAAUCUAAAUCUAAAAGUGAGAGCUGGAAUGUGGUUAAAUCACGAUGGUAUGGUCCAAUAGUAACAGCAAUGAUAUUAUUUCAGUCUUUGUGGAAUUGAUAGCUUAUCUAGGUGGAGCUUUUAGUGUUCAGAUGAUCCUGAGAGCUGUUUUGUCACUCAUAUCCAAAUGAAGGAGCAUCAGAUCAGAAAACACUUCUAUGUGUUGUUCUGGACUUCAUGGACCAACAAUGUAUUUUGCCAUUUUGUUUUUUUUGUGUUUUUGCUGAUGUUAUUUUUACUGUCUGUGAAGUUAUUGAAUGACCUGAAAAUAGGAGCAGCUGUACAAACCAAUUCAGUUCAUUACAACAGCUACAAUGCUCUUUAUAAAGACAUUUUAAUGUAUUUGUAAUUAUAUUUAAAUACUUCAUGCUUUAACUGAUGUUGUGUCACAGAGGAGUUGAUGGAAGUCUUUGGUCCUUUUGGAGGCUGUAGUCAGUGGUGGUGCAACAGACUGCAUUACAGCAGGGAAUGUGUCUGUGAUGAACUCAUGUUACUCAGGUUACAUUAAGAUUUGUUGUUUAUGAAGCUUUUAUUACUGAACUGUGAUGAUUUGUACACAUGUAUGCUGCACAGCUCUUUGAACUGCUCAUAUAAAUGUAAAUGUGUAAUGCAAAA